UGCAAAAGCCGCAAUAAAUUCAAGAAAGAGUCAAAUCUUUUAUCCUCUCAGAUUCUGAGAAUUCACGAGUUUUUCUUACAAUUUCCAGUCAAAUGAUGAAGUAAUUCCAAAUUUCUUGAAACGAAAAAGUUGCAGAGAUUGCAAAAAGGUUCCUCUUCUCGCUACCGAAUCGGCACAGAAGAUCAGAGAAGAAGUAGAAGAAGAAGCUGAAAAUGAGUAACGAUGCUAAGAGAAGCAUUCAAGGGAAUCUAAUGGUGAAAUCUGUGUCGGAGGAUCGGAAACCGCUGGCCGUGGCGACGACUGGCAAGAAAAUCGUUAUAAAGAGUGCCGAUAUGUUUGGUGAUGUGCAGAAGGAGGCCAUCGAUGUUGCCAUAGCUGCAUUUGAAAAGCAUAGUGUAGAGAAGGAUGUAGCAGAGUAUAUUAAGAAAGAGUUCGAUAAGAGGCAUGGACCGACCUGGCACUGCAUUGUUGGCCGUAAUUUUGGUUCAUAUGUGACCCACGAGACAAACCACUUUGUUUACUUCUACCUGGAUCAGAAAGCAGUUUUACUAUUCAAAUCUGGUUGAUAAACAUGUAUAUUAUGCAGAUUAAUGAAUAUGUUUAACUGAUUAUGAUCAUCGCUAUUUAAUCAAAUGAUGAUAUCCUUAUGGACAAGACAAUCUUCCCUUCUGCAACCA